AAAGAAUAUUUAUAUGUCGAUUAUUGGUGGUGCCUUCAACAUUGCCUUCUGAUUGGUUUAUUAGUUUUCUUAUUACGUUGGCAUUAUUUUCUACCGUGUGAUUAUAUUGAUCUGUUACAUCGAAGUUCUAUGCAUCUUGGGAGUUGGGAGAAUCUACUUGUUCGCAGUGGAUUUUCACAAAUUUCCACAUGGUCAGCAUCUGUU